GCUCCAACAUCCCCAAAGAUCCCCAACAUCACGACGCACGAGUCUCGGCGUGCUUGAGGUCCUCUCCAGUGUUUUCAGGGUAAUUGAUUGCAUACUUGGAGGGCACGAUGCCGUUCCCCAGACGCGCGCCUGCUGCACCCAGAGCUCUGCUCUCCCCUCUGACUCGCACCUCUGCGGCUGCACAUCUGCGACCUGCUGUCGCGCGACAGGUGAGAUGGGAGACGACUGAGAAGAAACGUCCCGAGGAGGGCCGCUCGUUCAAAGGGCAGCUGUACCAAAGUACGGCGUUGCGAUUGCAAAAGGAGCGCGAGGACCGAGAGAGAUUUGCAAAGCAGAGGAACGAGGGCGCUGGGGGGAGAAAUGCGGCAUUGACGUUUGUUAUCUUCACAACUGGCCUGGUGGGCUACUACCUAGGGUCGACCAGCUACCCUGCUCCGUCGACCGCCUCAACGACACCGCUCUCGACAAUUUCUGCUCCAAGACACGAUGUGUCAGGCGCGAAUCUGGAGGCUGCCUGGGCGGAUUUUGUUGCGAUUGUCGGCAAGGAGCAUGUCAGUACUACCCCGACGGAUCUGGCGGAUCAUUCUGGUAGCGAGUGGUCAUCACACAUCUCGGAGGGAGAGAGGCCGUUCCUGGUUGUGUAUCCCGAGACGACAGAGCAAGUGAGUGAAAUAAUGAAGGUCUGUCAUCGUCGACGGAUCCCCGUAACGGGAUACAGCGGGGGGACCAGCUUGGAAGGGCACUUCGCGCCGACGCGUGGAGGGAUCUCGAUCGAUUUCGGCCGCAUGGACAAGAUUCUGGCGCUGCACAGGGACGAUAUGGAUGUAGUGGUGCAGCCUGCGGUGGGCUGGGAAGCGCUGAACGAGGAGCUGGGCCAGAGCAACCUGUUCUUCCCGCCGGACCCAGGACCCGGGGCGAUGAUUGGAGGGAUGGUUGGCACGGGCUGCAGUGGCACGAAUGCUUACCGGUAUGGGACAAUGAGGGAGUGGGUGCUCAGCCUCACGGUUGUGCUUGCUGAUGGGACUAUUAUCAAGACGAGGCAGAGACCGCGGAAGAGUAGCGCGGGGUACGAUCUGACGAAGAUGUUCAUUGGGAGCGAGGGCACGUUGGGAUUGGUUACGGAGGCUACAUUGAAGGUGACUACGAAACCAAACACGACUUCGGUAGCUGUCUGCAGCUUCGGCAGCAUCAAGCAGGCGGCGGAUUGCGUGGGCAAGGUAGUCAACAAGGGGAUCCCGAUCGCGGCGAUUGAGCUCCUGGAUGACAACCAGAUGAAGUGCAUCAACAGUUCAGGAAUGACGGACAGGAAAUGGACGGAGGCGCCAUCUCUGUUCUUCAAAUUCGCCGGCACGCCCUCGGCUGUCAAGGAGCAGGUCGGCAUGGUCCAGAAGCUGGCGCAGGAGACGGGGAGCAAGACGUUCGAGUUUGCAAAGAACGAUAACGAGCAGAACGAGCUCUGGAGUGCGAGGAAGGAGGCCUUGUGGAGCAUGAUGGCCAUGAAGCAGGAUAGCACGGAUCACGUGUGGACGGGCGAUGUGGCCGUUCCCAUCAGCAGGUUACCGGAUAUCAUCAACGAGACGAAGGAUGACCUGACGAAGAGCGGAUUGUUCGGAUCUAUCGUGGGGCAUGUCGGAGAUGGGAAUUUCCACGCGAUCCUGUUAUACAACGACAAACAGCGCAAGACGGCGGAGGAUGUGGUUCACCGGAUGAUCAAGAGGGCCAUCGCGAUGGAGGGGACGGUUACGGGAGAGCACGGCGUGGGGUUGGUGAAGCGGGAUUACCUAGACCACGAGCUGGGCGAGACGACGGUGGAUGCCAUGCGGCAGCUCAAACUGGCUUUCGACCCGCUGUGUCUGCUGAACCCGGAUAAGGUGGUCCGAGUCGAGAAGCCGAAAGCUGGGGAGAUCGCGGAGUGGUGA